GACGCACGACGGGGUGAGGGCGCUCCACGCGAUGGCGGCCAGCAGGUCUUCUCGCGGGCGUCGCCGCUCUCGUCGCCGAAGUCGCCGUGCAGCAGCGAGGGCCAUGGGUCGCCGGGCUCCCCGUGGCCGCCGCCCCGACGCGAGGCCGCACGGCGCGAGCGCGGCGCGCGCCCUCAG